GAUGGUCCCUUUAUAAAGGCCAGCUUUCCUCACAAACCUCAGUCUGCUUCAUCUCCUACCAGAUCAACACAUCUCUCCAUCUUCCAGCUGAACACAUAUUUAAGAAGAUUGUCAGGAAUUCGUCGAUGGCAUCUAAAAUGAAAGACAGAAAGAGAACUCCAAUCUCUCACAAAGUCAUUGAGAAAAGAAGACGGGACCGCAUUAAUCGCUGCCUAAACGAACUUGGGAAAACUGUUCCAAUGGCUCUGGCCAAACAGAACUCUGGGAAACUGGAGAAAGCUGAAAUCUUGGAAAUGACUGUUCAGUACUUGCGCGCGCUCCACUCAGCGGAUUUCCCCCGUGGCAGAGAAAAAGGUGAACUGCUUGCUGAAUUUGCAAACUACUUCCACUACGGAUACCACGAGUGUAUGAAGAACCUGGUGCACUAUCUGACCACAGAGGACAGAGCUGAAACCAAAGACAUCAAGUACGCACGGAUCCUCGCCUUCUUACAGUCAAAGUCCCGUGUGGUCACCGAGCCCGUGUUCGGCUCCGUCGGUUCGAUGCCGGAACCGUCUGACUACCUCAGCCAGCUGCACUCCUCCCCGGAGCACCAAAGCCACAGUCCACCCGAGCCCGUUUACCAGCAGAGUCCACCGGGACACUUCUCCUGGCACAGCUCCGCCCGCAGCCCGGGCAUCUCGUACCCAACUGUGCCGCUCUCUGCGCACACGCAGCAACACGGAGGAUACUUGUCGCCAGUGCAGGGACUCGAUCACCAUUAUUUCAACUUCAUCGGUCACACGCACGCAAACACGUUCAGUUUGCACAGUGCGCAACACGCCAUGUAAAUAGCUUUGCUUGUUUUGCUGUUGUUUUUAUUUAUACGGCUGUGAAUGAUGGAAACAGAUCCUGUACAUGUUGUGAAUAAAUACAGUAUUUCUGACAGAA